AUGUCCGUUGGGACCUUCUUGGCCGAUGAGAAACGUGAUCAUCGUGGGUACUCCGUGAGGGAGGAGCUUCCCCUGCCUACUCAACCUCCAUAUACCGCCCACAUUGGGAAUCUGUCCUUUGAGGCAACGCAAGCCGACAUUUCGGACCUCUUUGCGGACUGCGAAGUGACGAACGUGCGAAUUGUGGAGGAUAAAAUGACUAGAGCUCCGAAGGGCUUCGGUUAUGUGGAAUUCGCUACUCUUGAGGGCUUGAAGAAGGCCCUCUCGUUUCAAGGAACUUUCCUCCAGGGAAGGAAUAUCAGAGUUAGCGUCGCGGAACCUCCCAAGGAGAGACAGGAUACGAGAGACUACAGCGAUUGGUCCCGCAAAGGACCCCUCCCAGAUGCGCCUUCGCAACGCCGAGUUUCUGAUCGUGCGGGUUUCGGACCGAGAGGCCAGGAUUCCAUGAGUGAUGCCGGGGGAGACCGCCCCGGAAGACGUCCGUUUGAGCCUGCAGACGGUAAAGUUCGAGAUUAUGGCAAUUGGGAACGCAAGGGACCCCUCUCUCCAUCUCUCCCCACCGCAUCCCUUGCUAGAGAAGGUGGCCGCCCGAGGAGCAAGGAUGGACCACAGUUUCGCAGAGCAUCCCCCGCCUGGGGAGAGGCUCGCUCCCAAGAUGGCUCGAGACCACCCCGCCGUGAUUUCCACGAACGACCGGUGGAAAGGGCACCAACCGCUCCUGAACUGGAUAACCAAUGGAGGGCAAGGAUGCGACCAGAUGCCCCCCCUCCCAAACAAACCCCUUCCGCUCCUGAAGUUGCUCCAGCGGCAGCGCAACCCGCACCUGCACAGCGACCCAAGCUCAAUCUACAAAAGAGAACAGUGGAAGCUGAACCCGCAUCCCCAACUACCCCUGGUGACUCCAAGUCGAGUCCUUUCGGUGGAGCAAGACCCAUUGAUACUUCCGCCAGGGAGCGAGAGGUCGAGGAGAAACGUCAACUAGCACUGCGACAAAAAAGAGAAGCAGAGGAAAAGGCAAAGGCUGAGAAGGCUGAGAAGGCUGAGAAACAAAAAGCUGCCAAGGAACAAGAGCAGCAGGCAAAAGAGCAGGAGGCUGCUAAGACUGAAAAUCUCAAUGCUACCAUCGCAAAUGGCUCUAAAGAGGAUGAUGCUGGCGCCCCACAGGCCGGAAAGAAUAUUGAGAUUCUUCGUAGGUCUGGAAAUACGGAAGAGACUCCGGCGGCUGAGGGAUCCACAGAAGCAGGAACUUCGGGUGAGAAAUCUGAGCCCCCCAAGGAGCAACCAAGGGAGCAGGCUCGUCAGCAACUACCUAGCAAAACGAAUGGGAACUGGCGAAAUGGUGCUCCCAGGUCUCGCGGCCCUUCGCACGGCCAUGCACCACCUAGGGGACCUCAGGGUCAGGCAAAAGCCCAGCAACCGAAAGCUGCCGCUUCGGAUCCUGCAGCUUCCCCUGUCCCUGCGGAGCCCGAGGAGGAGGGCUGGAGCACCGUGAGCAGCAAGCAGCGCAACAACCGACGCGGAAACCAGACCCGCGGCUAAAAAAAUGUCCAUUUUCUUUAACCUACUCUAUGGCAUUAGAUACGAAAAGGCGUUUGAAACACACAAAAUCACGAACCUCAUACACCUUAUACAUGAUGCAACGUAGCUUUCCCCCUUUUCAAGCCUCCAGCUAACACCCUGGGUCCAGCCCAGCCCAGCUUAUCUUAAUCCGGCGCGCUAUGUACCAUUGCUCUACAGGUUCGGGUAUUCCAUUGUUCGCCUUCUUUCCUUCCUUGAUCACCUCUUAUCUUGUCCACAUGCUUUUCACCAACGAAUCUGUAUGAACCGGGAUAUGUGUCUACCUCCUUUGUCUCUGGCGCUUCUUUCUUUCUGAUGAAACCAAAAGAAAUCAUCUAUCAGCUUGGCCGAAUUUUUUCUCAUGGGUUUUCUUUUUACUUUCUUUUUAUUUUGGCUAGCUAGCUUGAAGGUGUUUCUUCCUCGUCUACCCACUACGUUUUUCAAAAACGCUGCUCGCCACUUGUCCCCCUAUUCUCCAGAUAUGGUUUUUUUUCAUUUUCGUUUUCCUUUCCUUUCGAUCAUGAAGAAAUCUAUUUGCCGUUUCUCUUGUAAUUGUCUAUCUCGUUCCAUUUCAAACUUCCUUUCCCUUCCCCUACCUACCAUCUCUGUUUAUUAGGCUUGGUAAAGAGUUAUUUCUCACAAGUGCAUUUCGUCUAUUAACUAUGUUUCCCAAAGUUGGGUCCUUGUUAAAUGACGUGAGUAAUUUUUUCUUUUUCC